AUGGCGAGACCGAGGCCUCGAAUCCGCGCCGUACCGCGAGGCCCGGUGCUCCUCUUCCUCCUCGUCCCGCUCAUCUACUCCGUGUCCAGGCUGCACCCCUGGGCGCCAGCGGAGAAGGGCGUGUGCCUGCCACCCCCAACCGCGCUGAAGCGGCCUGACCGUCUCGUGCUCGGCCCCGCCGCCGGACAAGGCCACCCCGACCGCCUCCAGUGCCAAGGACUUAGAGCUCUGAACAAGAUUGACCUAUCAAGUGAAGAGAACUAUUCUGGAGAACACAUUUCUUUUGUUACUGUAUUCACAACCUACAAUUCUGUCUCAGCUGGAGAUGGCAAAAUUCCAUCUGAUUCUGUAACUGUUGGAAACCAUUCUUAUAGCAAAAUAGAAAGAUCCAUGGCCAUUCUGAACACUUUCAUCAGUUUCAUAAGGGUAUCAAUGCCAAGAAGCAACGUGAUCAUAUUGACUGAUCCUGGUUCAAAAAUUUCAGUAAAUCAAGGGAGUGCUACACUAUUGCCUAUUGAAGGAAACUAUUCUCGAGGAAAUUUGAUGCUUCAAAGAAUAAAGACAUACAUUGCAUUUCUGGAGCAAAAGCUUGUGGAAUUUGAUAUAAUGGAGGGGUUGAAUCAUUUUGUUUUGACUGAUUCCGAUAUAGCAGUGGUUGAUGAUCUUGGACAUAUAUUCAAAAAAUAUCCCCAUUGCCAUCUGGCUCUUACUUUUCGUAAUAACAAAGGGCAACCUUUGAACUCUGGGUUUGUUGCGGUAAGAGGAACCAGGGAUGGCAUCACUAAAGCUGUGGAAUUCUUGAAACAAGUCCUUGAAGCUUACAGCUUAAGAUAUAUUAAGGCUUCCCAUAUGCUUGGUGACCAAUUAGCACUGGCAUGGGUUGUCAAGUCUCAUCGACCAUCGGCUUUUGGAAAAUUUUCUAAGCAUGAGGCAUUUACUGGUGAAGUUAAUGGAGCAUCUGUUCUCUUCUUGCCUUGUGCUGUUUAUAAUUGGACCCCGCCUGAGGGUGCUGGACAGUUUCAUGGUAUACCCUUGGAUGUUAAGUUGAUCCUACUAAAAGCUGUUGUGUGCUCCUCAACUAAUACAAAAGUUGCUGACCAUGAGAUGUCGUCGCAAGAAUUGAGAAUUCGGAUCAGCGUAAAAUGGAUGAGCAUCUUUAAGCAUGUAACAAGAAUAUGUUAA